UGUCACCAAUCAAUUAAACAAUUUAUUAUUUACGAUGAUGAUGAUGAUUAUGUAUGAGGAAAAUAAAUGGUAUAUCGAUGAGUAAUUCUGUCAAUCGAUAAAUCAUCAUCAUCAUCAUUGGAUUUAUAAUUUGAUCAAGUGUCUUGUUUUUUGGACAAAUUUUUUUUUUACAACCAAUGAUGAUGAUCCAGACGUGAUUAGAACAGACGUUAUUAUCAGUUACAGAUUAAUUGUCUCUAGUACUUUGUUCUUGUUAAAUAUUGGAAAAAAAUUGUGAUUUCCAUUUUAAAAUGUCCUCAAAACUCAAUUGAUUGGCAUUUUUUUGUUUCUCGGUUUCAAUAUAUAAAUUUUCACACUGACACACGCAAUAACCCACAAGUGAGCAAUCGAACACGAUAUAUCGUGUUUGUAAAUCAAAUACAGUGGAAAAAAAUGGAUUCAAUGUUAAAUUAUACCGUUGUAAAAGAAUUUUUAUAUGAAGCUGAAACACAUUUAGAAUCAUAUAGCCGGGUACAAAUUCUUUUCACAACUUUGACUACGUGUUUUAUGUUAUUUAAAUUUUAUCGAUUCUAUGAAGAUCAUGAUUUCACUUGGUCGGCCAUAUCAACCGUUUUAUUUCGCCUUUUUAUACGUUUGCCUUACAUAAGUAAUUUGGUCGAUAAAGAAAUGAAAAAAGCCGAUAAAACUAUAGUGGAAAAAUGUCGUGAAAUUUAUUGUAAUGAAAAAUUUCUAACUAAUUUACCAACAAAAGGAAUGAAUUCGGAUAAGAUUUUUGAAGAAUUUAAACGAUAUCAAAAAUUAUCGAAAAUCGAUUAUCAAGGUGGCCGUGUAUCCGGUGCAGUUUAUUCGAGUAUGUCACAAGAAGUAAUCGAUUUAGUUACCAAGGUGUAUAGAGAAACUGCAUUUACCAAUCCACUACAUCCAGAAGUAUUUCCCGGUAUCACGAAAAUGGAAGCCGAAAUUAUACGUAUGGUUAUAAAUCUAUAUCAUGGUGAUAAAAAUUGUUGCGGUUCAGUAACAUCCGGUGGUACUGAAUCGAUUGUAUUGGCCAUUAAAGCAUAUCGUGAUUAUGCGCGUGAUAUACGUGGUGUUCGAAAACCGGAACUGGUGGCACCACAAACAGCACAUGCUGCAUUUCAGAAAGCAUGUCACUAUUUUUGUAUUAAAUAUCGAUCAAUUCCGGUCGAUCCAAUAACAUGUAAAGCUAAUGUCAAAGCAAUGGAACGAGCCGUGAAUCGUAAUACGAUAUUGAUAGUUGGUUCAGCAUGCGGUUAUCCACAUGGUGUUAUCGAUGAUAUCCAAUCAUUGGCCAAAGUGGCACGCAAAUAUAACAUUCCAUUACACGUUGAUUGUUGUCUUGGUGGUUUUCUUGUUCCGUUCGUUAAAGAUGCUGGAUUCGAUAUUGAACCAGUAGAUUUUGCCGUUCCAGGUGUUACGAGUAUAUCGUGUGAUACACAUAAAUAUGGUUUUACACCGAAAGGUUCAUCGUUGAUAAUGUAUUCGGAUAAAAAAUAUCAACAAUAUCAAUAUUCCGUGCAAACAGAUUGGCCUGGUGGAAUUUAUGUUUCACCAACUAUUGCCGGCAGUAGAUGUGGCGGUAAUAUUGCAACUUGUUGGGCAUCACUUCUUUAUUAUGGCUACAGUGGUUAUGUUGAAUCAACGAGAAAAAUUCUUACCGUUCAACGAAAAAUGAUGAAAGAAUUGGAAAAAAUUGAUGGCAUUUACAUUAUGGGCGAGCCUAAAUUAUCUGUUAUUGCUAUGGGUUCGAAACGAUUUGAUAUUUUCCGAUUAACUGACAUUUUAACGAAAAAAGGUUGGAUUAUAAAUUCAUUACAAUUUCCAUCGGCAUUCCAUAUCUGUAUAACUAUGCGUCAUGUUAUCGAUGGUGUUGCCGAUGAUUUUAUUCGCGAUGUUCGUGAAUCAGUGGCCAUCUGUAUGAAAGAUCCAGAUCAAAAACCAUCCGGUGCUGGUGUUAUUUAUGGUAUGGCGCAACAAAUACCGGAUCGUUCAAUGGUAUCCGAUAUGGCUUGUCAAUACAUCCAUAGUAUUUAUGAUACUAGUGAUUCAUAGAUUUGUUUUGUAUCUAUUUUCGUUAUGUGUAUUUGAUCAUGAUAUUCAAGAGAAAAAAAAACAAUCAAUCAAUCAAUCAAUUAAAAAAAAAUUUAUUUAGCUGGAA